AACAAUUUUUUUUUAUUUUUAUAGCGAAAGUGGUAGAUUUUUGUCCUUUAAAAUUCGUGGAUACAACCAUUGGUCAACUUGCAUGUUCUGGAAGCUUCGGUCUUCCAGUACAACGCCUGGUCAAUGCAGUAGUUACAUUCGCUAGCGUAGCGUUCAAAGCACCACAAAAAUAAAAAAAAAAAACGAACUCUUAUCAAAAUUCUCAAUUAAAGUUGUAAUAAUAAUCAUUCGAAAGCGAACCAUAUAAUGAGUUUGAGUUUCAACAAUCCACAAAAAUGCUCAUACAUAGAAAGUAAGCACUGCACCGAAUUGGACCUGGGUCAAAAGACGAUAAACAGCCUGUCGAUGCGUAACAUGCGAUACCAGGAUAAAGGAAAACUCUUUAGCUGCUCGCUUAAUUCGUUAGCCAAGCGCGAUGACUUCGAUGAUGAAGCCACGGGCUCGGGCACUGGCCUUGUCGGCCUGCAGAAUAUUGCGAAUACGUGUUACAUGAAUUCGGCUCUGCAGGCGCUCAGUAAUUUAUCUCCGGUGACGCAUUACUUUAUCAACUGCAGCGAUCUUGUGGAGCAUAUUGCAAGCACGCCGCGCUCCAAGCCGGCUGGUUUAGCUAAAAGCUAUCAACGCCUGAUGCAGGAAAUGUGGCUGGAUGUCGACGAUCCAAAGGAUUUUCUGGCGCCGCGUGGUAUUUUGUAUGGCAUACGGUCAGUACAUCCAAUGUUUCGUGGCUAUCAGCAACAUGACACGCAAGAAUUCCUACGCUGCUUUAUGGAUCAGCUGCACGAGGAGCUAACGGAGCCGCCACAGCCGCAGCUACCACAAAGCCAACAGCAGCAGCAGGCGAGCGAAACUGAUGAUGAGAAUUGCGAUGAGGUGCCAAAGGCAUGUCAUACGCCCAGCGCAUCAGAAAGCGAGUACGAUACCUGUGAGAGUAGCAUCUCGGAGCGCUCCUCAGAAGUUAUAAUGAAGACAGAGUACUACAUAGCGCCGCAUCGGAACAGCAGCAGCAAUCCCAUAUCAGAUACAUCCACAACGCAACAGCAAAGCCCGAAGACAGUUCAAGAAUCGAAGCCAGUGGAGGCGGCACAUUCAAUCAUCAGCGAUGUAUUCGACGGCAAACUGCUAUCAUCUGUGCAGUGCCUGACUUGUGAUCGGAUCUCUACACGCGAAGAAACAUUCCAGGAUCUAUCGUUGCCCAUACCGACCCGUGACUUUCUAAAUGUGCUGCACCAGACACACAGCCUGAGCGUACAGAGUCUUAAUGCAGCCGACCUGGCAUCGGCGCGCAGCAACGAGGGCUGGCUUGCCUGGAUGUGGAAUAUGGUGCGCUCAUGGAUAUUCGGUCCAUCUGUAACGCUCUACGAUUGCAUGGCCAGUUUUUUCAGCGCGGAUGAGCUCAAAGGCGACAACAUGUACAGCUGCGAACGCUGCAACAAGUUGCGUACGGGCAUCAAGUAUUCGCGUGUGCUCAACUUGCCGGAGGUGUUGUGCAUCCAUCUGAAGCGUUUCAGGCACGAUCUCUCCUACAGCUCAAAGAUAUCCUCGCAUGUGUACUUUCCGCUCGAGGGCUUCGAUAUGCGGCCGUAUCUGCACAAGGAUUGCACAUCGCUGGUGCCCACGUACAAUCUAUGCUCGGUCAUUUGUCACCAUGGCACCGUCGGAGGCGGCCACUAUACGUGCUAUGCGCGCAACGCGCUCAAUGGACGCUGGUACGAAUUUGAUGACCAGCUCGUGAUGGAGGUUACGCCCGAUGUAGUACAGAACUGUCAGGCGUAUGUGCUAUUCUACCAAAAACACAAUCCCCAAAUGAAAAUGGUGCGCGAGGAGGCUAUCAAUUUGUCCACCUCGAAUCCGUUAUACGAAGGCGAUAUACAAUUCUAUGUGACACGCGAGUGGCUAUCACGGCUGGCCACGUUCUCGGAGCCGGGUCCGAUAAACAAUCAGGAUAUGCUGUGCCCACACGGUGGUAUUCUACAUUCCAAAGCAUCGUUAAUUAGUCAAAUUGCCGUGCCCAUUCCGCAGCCACUGUGGGACUUUCUCUACAACCGUUUUGGCGGCGGUCCGGCCGUUAACAUUAUGUUCGAGUGCGAUAUAUGCAAGCGUGCCGCCGAUGUGCUGUAUCGCCGCCAGCAAUACGAACUGGCCGUCUUUACCAAAUACAAUGUGCAGCAGAGCGAACUGGAUGCGACUGCCAUCUAUGCGAUCGCCAUGCCUUGGCUGCGCGCGUGGCAGCAGUUUCUGCGCGGUAUAACCCACAAGGAGCCGGGACCCAUUAACAAUGAGGGCAUUGCCGACACCAAUUUGCUGAACGGGUCGGCCAUCAGCUGUGUGCGCGCUGGCUCUGACUAUGCACAGCUCAAUGCGCCCCUCUGGCGAUUUCUACGCGGCAUUUAUGGCGGCGGACCCGAAAUAAUGCUGAGAAGUGCGUUGUCCGAUGAUGAGGCCGAUGAGAUUGAAAUAAUCGAUCAGGACGAUGACGAGGAUGAGGAUGAAGAUCUGGAUAUUUCCACUGACAUCUACCAAUACAAUCAAUCGGACACGGAAAGCAAUUUGGGCAGAGCCCACAACGAAAGUCCAACGCCAUCAUCAUCGCCAGGACCAGAAAUGCGGCCAGCUGAGCAGGAUCUGCCGCCCACAAAGCCCGAAGCAGCAUAUACAGAUACGAUGUCAAAUGGCAACACAACCAGUACCAACAAUAUUAGCUCAAGGCGUGGCCGUUCGAAUGCCAGAAGCAUUAAGGUCGCAGCUUUGCGUAUGAAUAUGCGUAAGCGUGGCCGAAAUCGCAACGCCCUCAAACAGCACUCCGAGAUGUUUGGUGCGAGAGGUCUCUAUAAUCCGCAAGCGGAUGCUGCCUCUGGAGCAUUGAUUAAAACUGAGGCUGACCACGAUAUUCGAGACAGGGAACAAAGAGCGACAGCGACGGCGACGGCGACGCUGGAGACAGGAACUGCAUUUCAAACAGAAUACACAAUACCAUUCCAAAGUGAUAAUUUCCAGGUUAAUGGGGCGCGGGAUAAGAAGCGCGAGAGAAACAAGCUGCGCAAUCAUAACAACAAAGAGAAUGUUAAGCUGCAGAAAUUUGUGAUGCUGCGCGAGGCAAAUGGAGCCAAUGAGGAGACUGAUAUAUGAUCGACAGCCGGUGCGAAACGGAAAACUGAAGCAUUUUAUGAGUGUCAAUCGCUGCCGAUGUUUAGGCCAAAAGCAAAGUUUAGGCAUUAGAAAUAGUUAAAUACCUCACUGUUUAAUGGGGUGGAGGCUAUAUAUAUAUAUAUAUAAACUAUGUAAAAAUUGUAUUUAUAAAUUGAAACGUAUGGAUUGCUAACAAAUAUUAUACACACACAACGUUAGCCCUCGUCAGAUACGAGUUGUUGUUGUAGAUACCACCCCCGAGAAAGAUGAAUGAAAGUUAUCAAAAAAGCAAAAAGCGAGUGUUACGCUUUGUGUUACACAUUUACACCCAAUCACCACGCCCAACCCACUCCCUUCCUUAACUACCUCCAGACACACAAAUUGUACAUAAUGUUGCCUCCAAAGGCGCAAACACAGAAAAUAAAUGAACUUAAGUAACGAAACACAAAAAACAAAACCAA